AUGGCGCUGAUCCACAUCCAGUUGCUGGUGGGGCAGGUGGCCAAGCAGGUCAUCAUCAACACAGGAUCAGGCCACUUGUUCAUCUGGGAGGAUGUGCUGAGCACUGUUGAGGCACUUGGACAGCAGCCUGUUGGUGUAGCAGAACCCAUUGCAGAGCCCAUUGUCAUCCUGGCAUUCAACAUGGAGGAAGUGGGGCUGGUGCUGAGUGGGGGCCAACGCCUGUGA